AUGUCGAGUGAUGAUCAGCAGAUUUUGGGCGUGAUUUCCGAGUACACCAAAGACGUCCGCAACUUUACAGGAUCGAUAUGGGAUGCCACGGAUGCGCAUUUUGCGCAUGUCGCCGGAUACAUCAAGAAAAGUCUGCCUGAAGGAUGGCUCCCAGAACGCGCAAGACCACGACCGCCCCCUCCGCCCCCGCAUCCCAUUACCGGUGCCUACCUACAUCGCCUACAGGACUGGGUGUCCAGAAACCGAGCCUUGACCGCAGCUAUAGUCGCGUUCGUUAGCACGGGAGGUUUCCUGGUAUGGAGAGAACAGAAGAGAUAUAACCGCAAACGGCGAGCACCACGCGCAAGCAACGGAGCGAGGAGGGAAGUUGUUGUCCUUGCUGGACCACCCAACUCCCCUAUUGUGCGGUCGCUGUCCCUAGACCUCGAACGACGGGGCUUCAUCGUGUACAUAGUGUGCUCCAACAUGGACGAGGAGCAGCAAGUCAUCAGCGAGUCAAGAGCAGAUGUGCGGCCGCUGCACCUGGACGUCGUAGACACCAUGGGCACAAAAGAAGCUAUUCGCAACUUCAACGAGCUUCUCGUAAAACCGCACGUUGCUUUCUCUGGAGCGAGCCCGCACAACCUCAAUCUUAGCGGUGUCAUACUGGUGCCGGACCUCAUUUACCCUACAGGCCCUGUGGAGACGGUGACGCCUGAGCUCUGGUCCGACGCGCUGAAUGCCAAAGUGCUCAACACCAUCGCAGUCACGCAAGCGCUGCUCCCGACAGUCUGUGAGUUCAAAUCUCGGGUGCUGAUGCUCACUCCCAGCAUCAUUGCAUCAUUACGACCGCCAUUCCAUAGCGUAGAAACGACCAUUGUGAGCGCACUCGAGGGGUUCCUGGCGUCCCUCAGGGCGGAACUGGGGACCCUUGGCAUUGAAGUUUUGCAAUUUCAUCUCGGAACAUUUGAUCUCACAAACGUGGGGCCAAAACAUCACCUUCAGACCAGAGGACUGGGGAGCCCACAUGCUUGGCCUGCAACCACGAGAGCGCUGUACGCCAACAACUUCGAGGCCCAGACGCGCGUUGCGCAGAACCGGGGACUGCUCAACCACAACGGCUCUAGUCUUCGGGAAUUGCACAACGGCGUCUUUGACGCACUUACGCAGCGGCGGCCAAGAAAAGUAUGGCGCGUUGGGCGCGGCAGCGUGACCUACGAUCUGGUGGGCAACUGGGUACCAGCUGGACUGGUGGGGUGGAUGAUGGGGUUAAAACGGGUGUCCCUUGACGAUUCUUCUGAGCCCAAGCUAGAGGAUAGCGUGCAACUACAAUCGUGGGAGAAGAUCGAUGCGACGGCCUAG